AUCUAUAAUACUCUUCCUCCUCGCUGUCCUCUCACAACAACUGAGUCUGUCUCUAUUCUCAUCGCAGCUUUAUAUCCUAGGAAACUUCUCAUCUGGUUGCCUUGGCUGCUGUUUUUGUCUUCCUUCCACCGACCAACUUUUGCAGAUUCUAAUUAGAUUCUUCAAACCUUGAGUCCUUGUCAGAUUCGAGGGUCGGUGUUAUAUGCUUCAUAUCUCUCACCCAAAUCAGGUAUGGAGACUCUGCAUCCCCUCUCUCACGUGCCUAUCUCUGAUAACCGGUUCGUUGUUCAAGAUAUGAUGAGCUCGAGCAGCGUCUGGACUAAAGAAGAGAACAAGAUGUUCGAACGUGCCCUUGCGAUAUACGCUGAAGACUCACCCGAUCGCUGGUUCAGUAUCGCUUCUAUGAUCCCUGGUAAAACUGUUUUCGAUGUUAUGAAGCAAUACAGUAAGCUUGAAGAAGACGUUUCCGACAUAGAAGCAGGACGUGUCCCCAUUCCUGGUUACCCUUCAGCUUCUUCUCCUUUAGGGUUUGAACCGGACACGUGUCGGAAGCGACCUAGUGGAGGUAGAGGAUCUGAUCACGAUCGAAAGAAAGGAGUCCCUUGGACAGAUGAAGAACACAGGAGAUUUUUGCUAGGCCUUCUCAAGUACGGGAAAGGAGACUGGAGAAACAUAUCGAGGAACUUCGUUGUGUCAAAGACACCGACGCAAGUUGCGAGCCACGCUCAAAAGUAUUACCUGAGACAACUCUCAGGAGCUAAGGAUAAGCGCCGGCCAAGCAUCCAUGACUUCACGACCGUUAAUCUUAUAAACGCCAAUCUCAACCGUUCAAUUUCAGAUCAUAGAGACAUCCUCCCGGAUUUAGGGUUUGUCGACAAGGAUGGUGCCGAGGAGGGACUAAUGUUUCUGAGUCAGAAUCACAUGUUUUCUCCAUCAUCCUCUCCCUUUGAUGCUGCCGUUCGCUUUGCUGGAGCAAAUGCAUUCAGUGCCACAAGUUAAAGUAACAUAUAAUAUUAUCACCAACGACCAAAAUCAAAGUUCUAAUGAAGCUGAGUUGUGAAACUGCAACUAGCAUUAUAAGCAAGAGUCCGAGUUGUUAUAUAUGUGUUUUUGUGUCAUGAUCUUGUUUGUUUUUGUUUUUACCUGAAUAUUGUGACUGUAUAUGUGUGGUGUGUUUAUGUUUACCAAAUCUCUUGUAAAUUA